CGAGCGUUUUCUGUCUCUCUCUCGAGCUCUCGAGCUCCUCACGGUAACAUCCUGAAGAAACAGGAGAGAGACAAAAGGGGACGGUGAAGUCCCCACCCAAAACCCUAACCCUAGAUCUCGCAUUGGCGGUCGCCAUGGACAACCUCGGCACGGACACGGCGGAGAAGGCGCUCUCCUUCCUCUCCAAGGGGUGGCGCGAGGUGCGCGACUCCGCGGACGCGGACCUCCGCCUCAUGCGCGCCCGGGCGAGCUCCUUCAAGUCCCUCGCCGAUCGCGAGCUCGAGAACCUCCUCCACUCCGCUUCCGCGCUCUCCGCCCCGCCGCGGCCGCUCGCGGCGGCGGCGCCGUCGUCGUCUUCGUCGGCGGCGGCGGCGCCGUCGUCGUCCUCGAUCGCGGAGCUCGAGAUCGUGAAGCGGAUCCGGCCCAAGCUCUCGGAGAUCCGGCGCGUGUACUCGUCGCCGGAGUUUAGCCGGAAGGUUCUGGAGAGGUGGAACCCUAAGGCCUCGAUCCGGAUCGAUCUCUCGGCCAUCAGGAACGCUAUCGUGGCGGAGGUUGAUGAAUUUAGUGGAGUAAUCGAUCUCGUAAGGGAGGGGCGAGAUCGGGAAAGGAGGAGGAGGAGGGUGCGGUGGAAGGGGGAGGAGGGCGAGGAGUGGGAUCUGAUUCGGAAGCUGAAGACGGGUUUGAAGGAGCUCGAGCGCAAGAGCCAAUCGAGUGAGAUUUUGGGGAAUUUAAAGAGCAAUGAGUUCAUGGACAAAGUGAAAUUAAGCUUGAGAUCAAUCUGUAAGAAGCCUCAAGAAUCCAAGGAAGUGCCUCCAUUGGAUAUACCCGAACUUUUGGCUUAUUUUGUUAAGCAAUCUGGGCCACUGUUUGAUCAACUUGGUAUAAGAAGAGAUUUCUGCGACAAAGUAGUGGAAGCCUUGUGCAAUAGGCACAAAGACCAGAUAGUGUGCAAUUCUAUUUCUGCAAGUGAAUUAUCGUUAGUUGGAAAUGAGAACAUUGCCGAUGAGCUCGAUUUAAGAAUAGCCAGUGUGCUCCAAAGCACAGGGCAUCACUAUGAAGGUGGCUUCUGGGAUAACUCAUCAAAACAUGAGAGAUCAGACGAGAAACGACGUGUUGCAAUCGUAACAACAGCAAGUCUUCCGUGGUUGACUGGAACUGCUGUAAACCCAUUGUUUCGUGCUGCAUAUUUGGCUAAAACCACCCAGCAAGAUGUAACCUUGGUGGUCCCUUGGCUUUGCAAGUCUGACCAGGAGCUGGUUUACCCUAACAAUAUAACUUUUAGUUCUCCAGAAGAACAGGAAGCUUAUAUACGGAACUGGCUGGAGGAAAGAGUGGGAUUUACGGCGGACUUCAAGAUCUCUUUUUAUCCUGGAAAGUUUGCAAAAGAAAGGCGAAGCAUUAUUCCUGCUGGGGAUACUUCACAAUUUAUUCCCUCAAAAGAAGCUGAUAUUGCUGUACUAGAAGAACCUGAGCACCUAAACUGGUAUCAUCAUGGAAAGCGUUGGACUGACAAAUUCAAUCAUGUUAUUGGUGUUGUCCACACAAAUUACUUGGAGUAUAUUAGGAGGGAGAAAAACGGGGCCAUUCAAGCUUUUCUUGUUAAGCAUAUUAACAACCUGGUCACCAGAGCACAUUGUCACAAGGUCUUGCGUCUUUCUGCAGCUACGCAAGAUCUACCAAAGUCCGUCAUUUGCAAUGUCCAUGGUGUAAACCCAAAAUUCCUUAAAAUUGGCGAGAAAAUAGCAGCUGAAAUGGCGCGAGGGCAGCAGGCGUUUCCCAAGGGGGCAUAUUUUCUCGGGAAGAUGGUGUGGGCGAAAGGUUACAGGGAAUUGAUUGAUUUGUUGGCAAGACACAAGAUGGACUUGGAAGGGUUCAAGAUCGACUUAUAUGGAAAUGGUGAAGAUUCACAUGAAGUCCAAUCCGCCGCCAAGAAGUUGGACUUAAAUGUUAAUUUUCUGAAGGGAAGAGAUCAUGCUGAUGAUUCUCUUCAAGGGUAUAAGAUUUUCGUCAACCCAAGCGUCAGUGAUGUCCUAUGCACCGCGACAGCCGAGGCCCUUGCUAUGGGCAAAUUCGUCAUCUGCGCCGACCACCCGUCGAACGACUUCUUCAAAUCCUUCCCAAACUGCUUAACCUACAAAACAUCAGAAGACUUUGUCGCGAGAGUGAAGGAGGCCAUGGCUCGCGAGCCCCAACCCCUCACCCCUGAGCAGAGACACACCUUAUCGUGGGAGGCCGCGACCCAGAGAUUCGUGCAGUAUUCAGAGCUCGACAAGAUUUUAAAUAACAAUGGGAAACAAACGAACGGUGUAAAAAGAUCGAUUCCGAUGCCGACUUUGUCGGAGGUUGUGGAUGGGGGACUAGCAUUCGCGCAUUACUGUUUCACCGGUAAUGAGAUGUUAAGGUUGGCUACAGGGGCAAUACCCGGCACGCGCGAUUACGAUAAGCAGCACUCUAUGGAUUUGCAUCUAUUGCCUCCGCAGGUACAGAAUCCUCUAUAUGGCUGGUAGUGUGGUAGAUACACUUAUGUGUGUAUAUAUAUUUUGUAGCGUGUAAGUAGUAUUCAUUAGUGAUGUUUAAGUGCUUGUGACUGUUCCGUGUAAAUUUGGUGGUUGUUGUUAAUCUAGUCAAUUAAAAUGUAAUGUAAAUUUUAGCAAAUUUUUUUCUUUUUUUUUUUCUCUCCUUUUUCUACUUCUCAAGUUACGAGUUGGGAAUGGUACACACGCAGUUGUGGUGCAGGUAAUCUGUAAUGGACACUUAUCAUCGCUCUUCAUGUAAUGUACCUACCUCUUAUCAAGAGAACCAAUUUAUCA